GGUGGCAGUGCUGAAAUUGAAUUGCUUAAAGAUCACAAGGUUCGUCUUUCAUUGGAUGAAAAAGACAGAACUGAAUGUGAUGAGAAUUUAAUAUUUAUUGAUUAUAAGAAUAUUGGUAAAGUAAUUAAAGUUGGUGGACGAAUAUUUGUGGACGAUGGUUUGAUUUCACUGAAAGUAGACAAAAUUGGUGACAAUUACGUAGACUGUACAGUGGAGAAUGAUGGUUUUCUUGGCAGUCAUAAAGGAAUCAACUUACCAGAAGCUGAAGUAGAUCUGCCAGCCGUAUCAGAGAGAGAUACGAAAGAUCUUUUGUUCGGUGUUGAACAAGGUGUGGACAUUGUGUUUGCUUCUUUUAUUCGUAAAGCAGCUGAUGUGAAGGCAGUACGUGACGUACUCGGUGAUCGAGGAAAGUCCAUCAAAAUUAUCAGUAAGAUUGAAAACCAUGAAGGCAUUAAAAAAUUUGAUGAGAUAUUAGAGGUAUCUGAUGGUAUCAUGGUGGCAAGAGGGGACCUGGGAAUUGAGAUACCAUCACAAAAAGUGUUCUUGGCUCAGAAGAUGAUGAUUGGACGUUGUAAUAGAGCUGGCAAACCAGUUAUCUGUGCCACACAGAUGUUGGAAAGCAUGGUGCACAAACCACGUCCUACGCGUGCUGAGAUCAGUGAUGUUGCCAAUGCAGUCUUGGAUCAAGCUGACUGUGUUAUGUUGUCAGGGGAGACAGCUAAAGGUGAAUACCCAACUGAAGCAGUACAAAUUAUGCACAAGAUUUGUCAUGAAGCUGAAGCUGCUGUUUUUCAUCGUCAAGUUUUUGAAGAGUUGAAAAGACAUCAACCGUUUCCAACAGAUGCUGCAUUAACUAUUGCUAUGGCAACGGUGUCUGCUUCUUUUGCAUGUCAGGCUGGUGCUAUUGUAUGCCUCACUAAGACCGGAAAGUAA